AUGACUACUAUUGAUACAUUUCAAACAACCUGUACACUUAUUCUUUCCUCUCUUCUAAGUGGCGUGUGUUACAACGAUAUUAUAAACACCUUUCAAAAAGAUGUGAAUUCAAUUAAAAGUAUCGAACUUAAAGGCUCAAACAUAUCGAUCAUUUUUCAUGACCACUUUACUCCGCUCAGAAUUCAUCAAACUAGAACAUCAUACAGAUCUACAGAUAUGUCUGUUCAAGUCUGUUUGGGUGAGUAUGUUCAAAUCAAAUCAUUUCAUUUGACUUGUAAUAAAUGUGGGGUCUAUUCCAUCAUUAAAUUUAGCACGUCUGAAGAUGUCGAUAAUGUCUUCAAGAACUAUUCUGAAAUCAAAGAAAAAAUUGGCACCGAAAAAUUUUGUAUUAAACAUUACAAAAAGGAGACAGAGACAGAGAAAUGUUUGGAAGUGAUAAUAAAAAACAUUCACCAAGACUUAAUUGCAAAUUCGGAAUUUUUCGAGUACUUCAAUUCGUUUGGAAACAUCAAAAAUUUCAACCUCUCGGAAAUCAACCCAAAGUUCAACGCCAAAGUGUUGUGUUUGGAGUAUGUCGAAGAAAAUGACGCAAAAACGUUAAUUGAAGAAGUUGAUGGGAUUGAUGUAUUUGAUUGUGACAUGCCCCUUUCAGCCAGUUUUGUAAGAAAGAAUGCCACCAUCACAAUGGUUAACAACACAGACAACAACAGAAAAGGCGUUGAAAACAGUUCGAAAAACAACAAUUUAUUUUUAUAUUAA